AUGCUCUCUUCUGGUGCUUCAAAAUUUUUUUCCUCAUCGGCCAAGUCGCUUAAACUUCAUUCCUCUUCUGUUUCAUCAUCGGCUCUCAUCUCUUUGAAUUCCUUUCAACAUAGAAAUUUGAACAACUGGACAUGGAGACCAACCAAGGACUAUGAAGAUAAAUUUGUAGUUGGAAAGGCACCCCAUGCGAGAAGAAAGCCUGCUAAAAAGUUCUACAAAUGGACUCCCAAUCCUGCUGUUCCUAAAAAAGCGAUUGAAGAGCAUAACACAAAAGUGAAUGCUCCAGGUACCAAGAAGACUCAAGUCAUCUCGGAAAGAAACAAGGAAUAUAUUCAACAAAUUUUCACUGCAGCAAAAGAAUUCAACCCACAGGCUGCUAUUGAAGCCUAUCAUAGAUGUUCUCAUGGUUUGGACGUUCGUGCCUAUUCUGCUCUUAUCAAAUCUAUGGAGAAAGAGGCUGCUCACAUCGGUGAUGCUUUUCAAAUCUACAAUGACAUGAGGAAGACAGGAAAGAAGCCAAACUUGGUUACGUUCACUCAUCUUAUGAAUGUUUGUAUCAAUGCCAACCACCUUCCUCGUGCUUUGUACGUUCUCAAAGAGAUGAUGAUAAGCAAGUUGAAAAUUGAUGAGAAAAACAUGAGUCAGGCCAACGAAAUUUGCAAGAAGCUCAUCAAGCUAUGCUAUGCAAAUAACGAACCUGGAAGAGUAGUCGUCAUUAUCGAUGCAAUGAGAUCAUUUAAGAGCGAUGAGGUAAAGGACAUAAAGGAAGACAUUCCAAUUGAAUUUUUACAAAAAGUAGUAUUUGAGGAUAUUGCAGAGGACAAACGGGCAGCUGAAUCAGAGAAAAUGCAAGACUUUUGGAUUGGUGUUAACAAGGCUUUAAGACCAAGCUUCACUGUUCAAGCAUCUGCUACUCUCCCAAUUUCACCAAAACUGACUUAUGGUUUGGAAGGUAAAUCACCAAAGAGAGCACUUUAUGAGGCUGAACUUCGUAAAUUGCAAAGGUUGUCUCAAGUUGACGAAGAUAUUGAGAGAAAUAACAAAUUAUUAGAUUUUGACGAGCAUGGUAUCAGUACACGUGAUUACUUGGAAGCACGUGCCAUUGCAUUUGACGUUGCAGGAGCUGCAGAGCAUGGAGACUUGGAUGAAUCACUCAAAAUAUCAUAUAACACUCUUUUAACUGAGUUUUCUCACGCCUUGUACUCGACAGUGUUUAAUGACAGAAAUUACAGACCACGUGUUGAAAAAUAUAGCGACACAACUGAAUCAUUGGCAGCCCAAUAUGCUGAACGUUUGAAAAAACAAGGACUUUCUGAAAAAGAUAUUGCAUCAGAACUUUCUUCUUUCAAAGCAUUUGCUGAGGCUCAUGAGUACAUUAACAACAACUUUAGACAAGAAGAUGGAAGCAUUGAAUUGACGGACGAAUAUCUUCAAGUGUUGAGCACGGCAAUCAAAGAGAAUUGGACCUUUAUUCACAAGACAGACCAUCAAAUCACAUCAAUGAUUCCAACAGUUGUUGGUGCUUCUCCAGAAGAAUCUGCAAUUUUACUUGCAAAACCAGUAACGAACUUAAUGCACAAGAUCGUCGAAGCUGAAUCAUUGGCUGAACUUGAUCCUCUAAUGGAUGAAUACAAGUCUGAAAUGAACAAGGCAACUAGAUAUGUAAACCGUAAAGUUGAUUGGAUUCCAGUUGUGUUAGGUGUGGAUGGUAGACCAUUCUUCCCCUCUGAAGAGGUCAUCUCUAUCGACAAAGUCACCACUGAGACCAUUGAAAACGCCAAGCAAGCAUAUAUUGAAAGCAUCAAGGAUGAAGAAGUUAAGAAGCAAAUCAAGGAAGAGUUCUAUGACUACAUUCACUUGAUCUGGAUUGAUAAUAAGGGCAGAGUUGUUGAAGGUAUCAGUUACUAA